CAUGAAAGGAGCUGCACCUUAUUUUUACAUUUAUUAUAUUGAAUUUAUAACCCUGUUUAUACGAUUUUAUGGCUUCAACGAUCAUUUAAAUAUCGAAGCACAUUUUGUAAUAAUUUUAUUCUGGCUUGGAUCAAUUCAAGCGACGAAGUAUUCAAUAAUAUCAAGAUGAAUCUGAUUUUAGUGACCAUUUGCUCAAUUCUCCUAACACAAGUACAUGGUGAUGUUAUAUCUGGACGAGUAACAUGUGAUAAUAUCGGAAAGUUCUUUGUUGAUGGUCAACUUGAAACUAGUACAGACAGAUGGACAGCCUCUUAUCCAGUUUCCUUUCCCGAUACAUCAUUCGUCCUGGCAUUCGAUUGUCUGGAUGUGGGUGUGAUCGGAGGAAUUCGAGGCUCAUUUAGUAAUGGGGUGGUUACUGAUUCGUCAUGGAGAUGUUCAACCUCAGCCCCUGAAGGCUGGAACAAAUUAGGAUUUGAUGAUAGUAAAUGGCAGGAUGCCACUAUACAGACACACACCAACUGGGGAAAUCGCCCAUCAUCUAUACCUAGUGAAGCUAAAUGGAUUUGGACUGCUGGCGAUACUGCAGAUAGACAUGUUUUCUGCAGGCGAAGAUUACACCCAGCAACCUGUGUUAAAGGGGACAAAACUCUGGUCGUUGAUUCAAAUGACUGCAAGCGAUUUAGGCAGUGUGUACAUGGAACCUACGUCUCGAUGCCUUGUGCUCCUGAAACUGGUUUCCAUGAGGGUCAACAAAGGUGCGAACAUUUGUAUUUGUUACCAAACUGCAAUUAAUAAAAUAGAACUCGGUGUUAAUUGUAACGAAAAGUUCUGAAUAAAAUAAUUUAACGAAAA